AUGCCAUCCCCUGUUGUUGCCCCUGCUUCCGUGCGGCGUGCCUCGCAUGGGGGGGCCUGGCGCCGUCGUGGCUUGCGGAUACAUGUGGUCGUGCUAACUCAUCCCUUGAACGUACCGCGGUACGUAUCCCUACCCUCUACCGGUCUCGAUGCCCGUGCUCCCAAGUGA